UUGUUGGGCUUUCGGUGGGAAGAGACCUGUCUUUCGCGGCCCCGACCGCAGCUCUCCCCCGGUGCCGCUCGACAGUGAGGGAGGGGCUUUCCAGCGGCGAAGGGAGUGACUUGGCCUUGCAAUUGGAUUUCUUUUCAAGUCCCGGCGCGGGGCUGUUUCCCUCUCUCUGCCUGGCUCCCCGCACCGUCACCUUUUUUGUUCCCUGCUUGGGAUGGUUUCCCUAACUUGGUGGUGGAUGCUCGGCAUGCGUUGGCCCUUUCUCCAACCUGUUGUUGCUUGCGUGCGCGCCUGGUCCAGUCGCGGGACACAGGCGUUUGGUCGAAAGUAAAUAAAGGGUUGGGGGAAAAGAAAGACCAAAUGGCAAAACAAUCUUCUGAUUUAAAUUCUGAGUGUGAUAGAGAAGGUGGACAAUUGCAGCCUGCCGAAAGGCCAGCUCAGCCUCAUCACCUUCGGCCUGGGGCCCCUACCUCCUUACAAACUGAAUACCAAGGUAAUCAUUUGGGUGAGCGGGACAGUUCAUCACCCGGUAGCCCUCAGGGACCACUGGCACCACCCUCCAGUCCCAGUCCAUUUGCUACCAGAUCCCCGUUGUUCAUGUUUGUAAGAAGAUCCCCACUGCUGUCCAGAUCCUCCAGUGGGUAUUUCUCUUUUGACAUCGACAGGAGUCCUGCACCUAUGAAUUGUGACAAAGCUACACAGACUCCAAGUCCCCCGUGUCAAGCCAUCAAUCAUUAUCUAAGCGCAAUGGGUAAGCAAGAGCAUGCUUCCAGAUGGCAGUCACGGCCAAUACCUGAGGAUAUGCGGCCAGAAAUAUGGAUUGCACAGGAAUUACGGCGCAUUGGAGAUGAAUUUAAUGCUUCCUACUGUCCAAGAAGGGGUUUAUUGGAUUACCAGGGAGUAAAUCAUCAGAUCAUAAUUUUGCGCCUCUUGCAUUACAUCGUCCGUUUCAUAUGGAGAAUGCAGUGACUAGCGCUUCAAGAGGCCAUGAGGAUUGUUUACUUGGUUCUAGCAACAAAGCCCAUGAACAAUCUCUCUGAAUGCAGCUAGCAGGCCCUUCCUGACUUUAAGGGACAUCCAGCAAAUUAAAGGAGCAGGAGGACUCCAUAUUAGGGAAUUAAUAAAUUGUGAUGGAUUUUUGGAAAUGGAUCAUCUUUUUUAGAAGCAAGAUUUCAUGUGAAGAUAGAGCUGACAUCAUUUUAUUGUUGAUGAAACUUUUUUUUUUAAAAAAACCUGUGCUAUAUAAAGCUUUCAAGAAAAUCGUUGAAUCAUGUUGUGUUCUCAUUAGCAAAUGUGUAGGCUGCUCCUCUAUCUUGCAGUGAAAUUGACUGAGCCAGCUACUUUUGUAAAGCUGCCUUAGUUUUUAUAUUAAAGACAUAUUGUACAGCUUUUUAAAAAACGAAUCUUCCCAAGCAGUGAGAGGCCAGACUCUAGAAUUAGGGCCUCCAUUCGUUCCAGACCACUUCCAUGCAGAAGAGCUCAUGAUCAUUAAAUGAAGUUGGUGGAGACAAGGUGGAAAGAUUGGAAUUGAUACUUCUGGAUAUUCCUCCCCAAAUUUCUGCCACUGAAGUCAGCUGCUUUUGUGUGUCUACACACAGAAGGAAUUUACACAGAAUAUGUACCCAUCUGCUGUGCAAGUACCAGACUGGAUCUUUCCUUGUGCAGAGCUCGCUUCUUGCAGCCCAGAGGAAGAAAUCUUGAAGUUGCUUUGAAAGUUGAAAUUAAACUGUGAAAGUUUAAAUGGUCCAAAUAAUGACACCAGGUUGCCUUUUAUAAUUUUCUUCCUAUAUUAUUUGUAUAGAACAUGUAUAUUCUAUAACAUAAACUGAUGUGGGGAGGGAGGGGGCAAUGUAGCAAUAAGUUUUUGCAUGUGGGUGAAAGCAGUUCCUACACCUGUGCAAUAUUGCCCCAAGUUGUUACAACAGGGUCCUACUGCAUGAUUCCUGGCACUGUUUUGAUCCUCAUUGUGGUAUUUUACUGUUGUUUAAAUCCAGUUUGGGUGUCUUAAUUUUUUUUAACAAACACUCUGGAUUUAGUUAUUGCUGCCUUUAUUCUUAGAAUAAAUUAUCAGGAGGGAUGAGCUAGUAACCAUAAUGUGGAAUGUACAAGAACUACUGACUCAGUGCAUGGGUUUGAGGUCAAUAGCAGCACAGUAUUCAAAUUGAUUCAGAGGGUAAAAAUUCCAAAAGAGAGAUGGAAACAAGAUUUUUAAAAAUGUUUUAACAGCAGAAUUUGUGGAUCUCCCCCACCCCCUGUGCAGCCUCAUAUCCUCAAAUGAGAAAGUAGAUGACUGGCUGCAUAUACCUACUAUGUUUGUGAGGACUACUUUGUAGUAUGCUCAGAAAAAAAGAAAAAUCUUGAACCAAGGGUAACUGAUUCCAAAAAGCUGAAUUGUGCAACCUUAAUGGAAAUAAAGCAAAUUGUUUCUCUAAGCCAUAGACAGUGGUAAGGAUAGUGAUUCCCAAACCAUGGACUAAGGGUCUGUCAUAUGCCAUGGGAGAGACUGAAGUGUGUCUGCAAAAAGAAACUGCCAUAUUUGAUGUCACUUCAUCCCCCUUCUGUGCCUAUAGAUGGAAACAAAUAUCCUUCUCAAAAUAAGGGUUCUCUAGAGUUCCUGGUUCAGGUUCUCUUACAUUUACUAGGUACAGAAGACUCCAGAAACGUAGGAAGCUGCCUCAUUCUGAAUCAGACCACUGGUCUGUUUAGGUUAGUGAUUGUUAGAUGCGUCUUUGCCAACCCUUCUCAGAGAUGUAUAACAUCCAGAUAUAUUUGCAUGCAAAGUAUAUGCUGGACCACUUAAUUAUGACCAUUCUGUCCCAAAGCCCUGAUUAACGUGGGAGGAGGCAGGAUGGCAGCAAGUCCAGUUCACUGUGGCAUUUUCUGUAGUUUUAAGGAAGAUGCCUGUUCAUUAUUUUAGGUGCUGAUUGGAAAAUAAGUGUGUUAUGAAUUGGACCUCUAGUAAAGAUGAGAACAUACUGUGCUCCAGAAAACAACUCUGAGAACAAUUUAGAAGGUUAGACAGAACCUUGAGGCGCCUUUGCCUUUGGUAUUUACAGGAGAAAUGAUCAAAUGCUUCCAGUUUUUUGUGGGGGGGGGGCUUCCAAAAGGGUUACAAUUUUGCUUUAAAACAAAGUGCAAAAGCUCAGGAUAUUGAAUUCAUUAAAUUAGUAAAAAAAAUAUAUGGCACACACACACAAGCUCAAUCUUGAAUGAAAAUGAAUCAAAAUAUAGUAAGUAAAAUUCUAAUGUAAGAACGGUGGCUGGCAGAUAGGCCUGUUGACUUGCUUUCAAAAAAGCUUUUGGUUCUGAGAAAUCUUUUGUCACCCUUGAUUUGUUAAUUAAAUAUAAAUUGUUUGACUCUUCAAAUAUCAUAGGUGAUAGCAAAACGUAAAAUAAUAGGUGAUACGGCUUGGGAAAACUCAAAGCCAAAAGCACCAGUGAUUUAAUAGAAAUUAAGCAAGCAGUAAAGCUGUGCUGCACCACAUUAUGGUCAAGUAGUUCAUGCGUCAUUUUUUAUUUGGCCAUGAGAGGCAACUGAAAGUGAGUAUUUGCAUAGAAGUUUCUGUUUAUGUAGCUGCCCCUUAUUCUCUUUGCCCAUGUAAUUUUAUCUGGUCCUUGAUUAGCUAGCUAUAUAUACUGGUACAGACUAUAAACAAGAUUCCAAGUACUGUGCCACUUACUUCUGGUCUCACCAGCACCACUGAAAAUGUGUACCUACCUUCAAAAAGUUACAGACUUCUCUUGAAGCCAUCCAAAGUGCAUUUGUAGAAUCUAGACUCUAUCAUUUCUCUGUGUUAUCAACAACACCUCUGUGAUUUCUCUGUAUUGUACCAUAAAUGUUCAACCUGUGUGCCUGCCUGGAAUGUGUGGAAUGUUAGUCCACCUAGUGGAGACUCAUCUAUCCCCUGUAUUACUUCGACCUAUUGUUUCGGAAGUCCAGCAAAUUAAAAUACCAGGCUCUCCAACAAGCAAAAUGCAUAGGCAGGUGCAAGUUGUCCAUAUAACUGCCUGAUAGGGUCACUAAGGACAGAAAACACAAAGUGCUAACCAUCUCUUGGAAAUGGGGAGAUUAAGGGUGUAUUAGAUUAAAGUUCCUUGCCCCAUCUCAACAGGCAAAUGACUUCCAAACUGACAAGGUUGAUUAGCUGGCACUGUAUGCAUUGCUCUUGGUGUUAAGAACAACCUCGACAACUACAUGCCACCCUUUCUUGUCCAUAUUUUAUAGGGCUGUGCAGCACUUCAGAUUCAGCUUCAAAAAAUGCUUGAGAAUGCACCGGGGAGAGGAACACGGCCCUUGACAGCAACUCCUUAAAGCAGUUGUCCCUGUAUCGUGUGGCAAGUGUUUGAUUUCUUGGAAAAGUUGCAGGUGCUUUAGAGAGUGCUAAGGUGCAUUCUCCCAUGCAUUCUGUAGUAUCUUUUAGGAAGAAAGCCAUGUUGGUCUGUGGUAACAAAAAAUCAGGAGAGCUCUAGUAGAACCUUUUCCGACUAACACAUUUUAUUAAAGGACAUAGGAUUUUGUGAGCUACAGCUCACUUCAUCUGAUGCACUGAGUGGCUAGAUUGAUACAGAACUUAAAUUGGGGUGAGGUGGGAAGGGAGGGGAAAGUAGUUUGGUUAUGCCGAUGCAGCUCUUAUCUCAUGUGUAACUUAUGCAUCUGAUGAAAUGAGCUGCAACUCACAAAUGUUUAUGACUUAAUAAAAUGUGUUAGUUGGAAAAAGUGCUAUCUGAGCCCUCCUGAUUUUUUUGAAGCAUCUUUUAGAAUUGUGUCUGAAGCACUGCAGAUGCCUAUAGUUACAGGUAUAGCAGGGGAGACACAAAUGGAAGUCUGUUGCUUUUUAUGGCCAGCUCUUUUUAAAUCAAGCAUUGCUUGGUAGCUCUAUAAGGGGGAGAGAUUCCUUGUUCGAUAAUGUCGGUCAAUAACUUCCUUAAUUUGAUUUGUUACCUUAAUUUCAAAUAGAAAUGACAAUGUUGUUAAUAGGAAUUUGAUCUGUAUAUUUGCAUGUUGCCUGCAAAAUCUGAUUUAUUGAAAGAGGAAAGGAAAUGGAUUUAACAGCUAGCAUUAUGCUGCUCAGAUUGAUACUGUGCAAAAUGCCAGAAAUUCUUUCUAUUCCAACGACAGUGAUGCCGAUUCACAGCAUUAGGCACAACUUCUUAAGAGUUUGCCAGUAAUCUUGUCUGUGUGUCAUAUGCAUUUAAAUUUGACCAUAUUUUAAAUGGGAAUAAUUACCAGAAGUAUCUUUCAGCACAAACUGGCUUAUGUUGGUUGCCAACAUGGACCCAGCAUAAUGUGCCUAGACUUUAUCUUUCUUUACUCACCAAAGCAUAUUUUCUUUUUGGAAUGAAACCUUUGGCUCCUGCUCCUGUACCUGGAGCACUCCAGUGUUAAUAUAAAAUUUUUCUGUAAACUUCAUCCAUGGUUGGGAUCUUGGGAGUUCCACGCAUGCACCUUAUGUUGGAGGACUCCUUUGUUCUUUGCUUGGAUUGGGGCAGCAGAUGCUGCUCCUUAGAAUACCCUAAUUCGAGGAGUGGCUUUUUCUUGGGGGUGGGUGUAAGGAAAUAAGGAGCUGCUGUAGGAAGGGGGGCUUUGAAAAGUCCUAGUGCAUGAGCAGCAGCAUCUGUGCUGCCCUUUUGCAUCCCUUGUUCUCCCCCCUCCCCCAAUUUCUUGAAAGGCUUGGCUGGCCCAGUGCCUUGAGAUGUGUACACAUCCAUAUGUGUUAACUGCUAGCAUGGAAGUGCAAUGAGCUUGCUGCCAUGGCUUAAGGCAAACUUAUUAUAAGCCUAAUACAUAUUUUUAAAAUUCUGUGAAUUAUAACGUAAACAGUAAAUGACACGAUAUUGGCACUGUGUGGCCCAAACCCAAGCUUUCUUUUUUCCACAGACAUUUAUCUAUCUGUAUAGAUACCUAUAUCUAAAAACUAAAAUAAUGCCCAUUUGGUUUUCCAGUUCACUGCAGGUUUUGUGCCUUGACAGCCCCACUGUGAACUUAGUAGACUUGUGGGUUUUUAAAAUCUUGAUGUAAUUUAACAUAUAUAACCUUUUUGUCUAUUAGAGGAUUUAAAAAAAAUAAAAUUCCCUUUUAAAUAGUCCUGCCAAAACAUUUUUAUGAAGAAUUUUCUUUGGUUGUAGAGAAACCAGAUAUAAAUUUCUUCCCAGAGAAUUACUAAGACUUUCAAUGCUUUUAUUUUCUUUCAAUGAUUGUAAAUAUUUGAAUAUUUAUUAGAUUAGAGCAGUUCUUCUCAUCUGAGCCAAAUGUUACCUGUGUGCAAUGUUUCCUCUUUUCUUACUAUUUCAUGUAAGAUUUUUUUUUGUA